AUGACCACCCUCUCUCCUGAAAACAGCCUCUCUGCCAGGUGGUCAGCCUCCUUCAUCCUGGUGAAGAGAAAACCACCCAUUGACAAGACGGAAUGGGAUGCCUUCUUUGAUGAGAACGGUCUGUUGGCCAAAUCACGAGACUCCAUUUGUGUUAACAUCCUGGAAAGGGGUCUACACCCCUUCGUGAGGACAGAAGCCUGGAAGUUCCUCACGGGCUACUACUCAUGGCAGAGUUCCCAGGAUGAGCGGCUCACGGUGGACAGCGCAAGGAGGAAGAACUACGAGGCCUUAUGCGAGAUGUAUGAAAAGAUUCAGCCCCUUCUGGAAAACCUGCACCGGAACUUUAUGGAGACUCGGAAGAACAUUGCAUAUGACAUUCAGAAACUCCACGACAAAGACCACCUAGGCAACGUCCUUAUCGACAAGAAGAGACUGGAGAAAAUCCUGCUCCUGAGUUAUGUCUGUAAUACCCAGGCAGAGUAUCAACAGGGUUUCCACGAGAUGGUGAUGCUUUUCCAGCUGAUGGUGGAACAUGACCAUGAGACCUUCUGGCUUUUCCAGUUCUUCCUGCAGAAAAUGGAGCACAGCUGUGUCAUCAACAUCGGAGUGGGCAAGAACCUAGACAUGCUCAACGACCUGAUCGACUUCUUGGACCCCGUGUUUGCUGAGCACCUAAGAGGGAAGGGUGCCGGGACCGUGCGGUCCCUCUUCCCCUGGUUCUGCUUCUGCUUCCAGCGUGCCUUCAAGUCCUUCGAAGAUGUCUGGAGGCUGUGGGAGGUUCUGCUGACGGGGAAGCCCUGCAGGAACUUCCAGGUGCUGGUGGCCUACAGCAUGCUGCAGAUGGUGCGCGAGCAGGUGCUACAGGAGAGCAUGACCAGGGAUGACAUCAUCCUGGCCUGCAACAACCUCAUUGACCUUGAUGCUGAUGUGCUGAUCUCUGCUGCCUGCUUGAUUUACGCUGAGCUCAUCCAAAGAGGUCUCCUGCCUCCCCAAGGAGACUGCACUGCCCGAGGACACGGCCCUCGCCCCUGGUUCCCUGUGUCCCUCCCAGUGGAUCAGGCACAGGACUGA